AUGCCGAGCCGAUCCUUAGUUUGCUGUAGACUAGCCGGCCUUGUUCUUGUUCUGAGCUGCAUCUGUCUGGUAUCUUCGGAAUCAUCAGUCCACACCCGUGAACCGAGAGGUGCAACCACUCCCGCUGUGAGACACCUCAAGGAAUACCAUCGGAACCAAGAGAGCAAGGGGGAAGAUGGGGAAUCUGAAGGUGAGGAGCAGGAGCAGGAGCAGGAGCAGGAGCAGGAGCAGGAGCAGGAGCAAGUGAAGCCCAAUAAUAAUCAAGCCACAUCCUCCUGUCCCAGCUUCGAUACAUUCCCAUCAGAAUUCAGCUCCUCUUUCAAGGGCAUCGACAGGUUUGGUGCUGUUGACUCGGACGGUAGUAUCGACCUGCACGGAUUGGCGUUCCGACUGCCGGCAGCCUCGCAUGGAGAGCGUGCUGGGCUUCGAGCGAGGUUUGUCGUCAAGAGCAAGAGUCUUGCCAAGGUCGAGUGUCUCCCUGCUGACAAGAGCGUCGAGAUGGAAAUCUCGAUCGUGAUCGUCACAGAGGGCGGCGCGAAAGAGGUCAAGGGGAUCCAGGGGAGGCAGGAGGGUGUUGUCUACUUCCCCGUCCUCUCCCAGCUGGAGGAUGGGCAGGAUCACGAGCUGAGGAUCAACUUCAUCUACAAGUCCCGUGACAUCGCCAAGUGCAGCAGCUUCGAGUUCCUCUUUCAGCUCCGUCCCAUCCUGUCCAUCGGGGAGGAGGUCUCGUGCGACGGUAGCCAGGGCUCCAAGUUGCCUCCUUCCAAGCUCAGCCCCGUCCUUGCAGACAACGUACUCCACUUCACAUCGGGGAAGCUCCACGUGGACCCCUUGAGCUUCCAGGAAGAAGACUUCCAGCACAUCAUCCGGGUGCAGGCGAGAACAAGCUCGUCGCUGUCGGCCGUCAUCGCGUUCGACUGGAUCUACAGCGACUUGCAACUGAUCCUCACAUCGAGCAGAGGGAACAUCCUGGCGCGCAGCAACGCGUCGGAGGUCGAGGACAAGGAUGCACAGUACACGAGGUGCUCGAAGCUUUCCUAUGUUGUGGAGCCCGGGGAGUACUACAUGAUCGUGAAGGACGAGGCCAUGAAGAAGGUUUACAGCAGGAUCUCCCGCGAGAUAGCGAGGGGAGGGGAGGAGGGGAGAGCAGGAGAUAAAGCGCGUCCUCCUAGGAUGUGCAUCCCCUUCUCCUUCAGCCUCGACUUGAACCCCGUGGGUGGUAGCAGUGGAAAACCUAAUAUUGCCUCUAAUGCCGCUGGCGAUGCCUCUACUGCCGCUAGUGAUGCCUCUAGCGUUGCCCCUGGGGUCGUCAGAGGUGUCGCCUUGGAUGUUGUGGAGCCCUCAGGAGCGCUUUCGCUCGAUCCCAGGCAGCCGUUCCGCCUGGUGAUGGAGUUCUCAGGCUCGAUCAGAUCGUGGUUCGAGAGCAUGAACGGGCAGGAUGAAAAGCGAGACUCGAUCUUUUGUCACGAGGAGAAGAACGGAGCAUCGGCGCUCUGCUCGGGGACAGUCUUGUUGGAAGCAGAGGGAGGAGGAGGUGAAGGCAAGACCGAUGGUAGUGUCCUUGCCCCAGCCUCCCUCCAGCUCCGUGACGAGAAAACCUUGGUGGUCACCUGGCAAGCGAGCAUGGCGAUAGAGAAGAAGAAGUAUCUCCUUCGCCUGCGCAAGGAUCGGUUCGUCGACCAUGGACGGGGCAUCGACGUCAGCACCCACUCUGGGGUUCACAUGUACCGCUUUGUCCGAUGCUCCUGCCACGGGAGGGGCCAGUGCGACGUCGAGAGCAGGUGCGCUUGCGUCCAUCCCUUCACCGGGGAGAGCUGUGAAAAAUGCUCAGCCGGUUUCUCGCUGACCGACGACGGGAGCUGCGUCGCCCUGCCUGCCGGGCUGAGGUGCGACCAGAACUCUUGCAGCGGGCACGGGGCCUGCAGCCUUCCUUCCUUCUCCAAGAAGAUCGACUGUCUGUGCGAAGUCGGGUACGAGACUAAGGACGAGAGCAUGUGCGGUUCCUGCGCCCCUGGGUACUCGGGGUAUCCGAACUGCAGGAGGGAGGAGGACUGGAAGUUUGAAGCGGAAGAGGCCCCGUCCUGUGACCUCCCGACGCUGCCCAACACGCUGGACAAGGAGGGGCUGACGUCGGAGGAGGGAGCAGUGCAGCUGCAGGGCUCUUUUUUCCUCAACGUCGAGCAGACUCGCCACGUCAUCGACUUCUCCGUGCGUGAGGAAAGCUUCCUCCACAUCCAGACCGAUCUCAGCAGGCACAACGGCAACGUGGGGGUCGCGCUCGGGUUGACGCCAUGGACGGCGCCGGUGACAGGAGCAGGUCAGGUGGGGGAGACGAUCGGGGAGGCGGCAGCAUGGAGCAACUGGACAGCAGUGGGCGGCAAGGGAUCGAUGAAGGCCGUGGUCAGGUCCGCCUUCUACCCUCAUGCUCAGAAGCACAGGAUUGUCAUUGCCUUCGAAUUUCUCAACGUCCAGCAUUGGGACAACUCGCUCUGCAACGCUAUCAAUCUCCAGAUCUCUCUCGUCCCCUUGAAGAAACUCCAAAGGAUCGUGAGUCGAGCCAACGACCUCUGUCCGUCCCCUCCCUUCCCGCGGUUUCUUCCCCAGCAUGUCGACGUCCCCCCCCAGGGCUGGUCGAUCAACGGGACGUUCUUCGCGGAGAGGGAGGAGGGGAGCAGGAGGAUGGUCAGGGGGAGAGCGAUCAAGUACAUGACGUUGACGGUCCCCGAGGUAGCGGGAAGGAAGGCUCGUCUUGUCGCCUCAGUUGGGUAUAACUUUGAUGUCUCCAAGUUCGCUGUGCUCCUUGAGCCGCAUCCCCAAAAUGGCGGACUGCCAAGUUGUCAGAUUGUGUCUAGUGAUGAGCUGAAGGGCAGCAGGAGAGAUUUCUCGGACCUCCUGUACAAGGACCUCUCUGCCAUCUACAAGCGCUCGUACAAUGCCUCCCAUCUGAGGAGCUGGAGGAGGAGGCUGUUGCGGUCGGAGGACGAGGAGGAAGCUCGAGAGGAUCUAGGGACGGGGACGGAGAGCAGAGUAGUCUCCCGCUCUCGCUCCUGCACGCAGGGAGCAGACGCGUACAACGGAAAUAUCCUGGAGCAGACACUGGCAAGUGGCACUUACAUGCUGUGGAUCACCAGGGACACGAUGAGGCUGAGCUCCAACGAUCUGAAAGCUGGACAAGAUGAGGACGGAGGAGGAGGAGGAGGAGGAGGAGGGGGGGAGGUGCCUUCGUUUCUUGAGAACAUGCGCUGCAUGCCGUUUGACCUCAGCAUCAGAAUCGUGUUUGAUGCUCCUCCUCCAUCUUCUGUCACCUGCCCAGGUCGCACACUCCCAAGGAGCUUCCACGAGGUCGGAUACCUCGGGAGGAGGGGAGAGAGUUUUCACGUGCAGGACUCUUUCAACGUCGCUCGAGCGCUGUCCUCCCGCCACCACUACAUCGACUUGACUGUGCGAGGAGGAGGAGGAGGAGCUGCUGCUGCUGCGUCUCUGCUCCGUGUGCAUGUGGAGUCCUCCGAGGCCGUGGACAUUCGCCUGCACCUGCUGCAGAUGAAGGGGAAGGGGGAAGGGGAAAAGAAAUUCUCACUCGUCCCCACGGACAGGCCGCACAUGCCGGAUGGGAUCAGGGGAGACUCUCUGCUGACGGCGCUGGCUCCUGGCUCCUACAAGCUUCAGGUCUCCUUCCUCAACCACGGGGGGGUUGCCGGUCGACCCUGCGAUGAACUCUCCUCCUCCUGCGGGCGGCAAGACUGCCCAACGAUGGACAUGGAGGUGGCGCUGUCGCCGCUGGCUGGGCUGACGGAGGAAGAAGGGUUCGAUCAGGCGUGCGAGCACCGGGGAGAAAGCUCCGUCCCCUCCCUGCUUCAGAUCGCGGGAGGACGGGAGGCGAUCAGGGAAGGCACUAGGUUCAACGUAGAGAGGAGGGGAAGCGAGCUGCAGCAGCUGCUGGAGCAGCGAGACUCGUCCUCCAUCGCCUUCACCGGGAACGGAUCGCACGGCUACACCAUCGCGAGCUACCCGAUGGAGCUGGGAAGCGCGUCUGUGCUGUCGUCGGGCCUCCUCUCCUCGUUCCUGCACGACGACCUGACGCUCGAGCUGUACGACCAGCACGGGAGGUUCCUCCGCGCGGGGCUGCACCGGUACAGCGAGAGCAGGAUGCAGACUGUGCUGCAGCCUGGAAGGUACUUCCUCAAGAUCCGGCAGACCCUCUCAGCCGGACACCAGCUGGGGUCGGGGAGCAGCUGGGAAUGGUCAGCCAAGCACGACGAGCAGGGCAAGAGGUACUUCUUCAACAGCAGGACGAGGGCGACGCAGUGGGGCGUUCCCAGCUCCAUGGCCGGGCGGAGAUGCGCGAAGUUCCAGCUCUGGCUGCAGGUGGAUGCCCUCUCGAAGAGGAGCGUCUGCCUGCUCUCGCAGAGGGCGGCUCCACUGCUCCCCUCCCUCAACGUCCCCGGCAUGCUCGCUGACGGUAGCAGCGCGCUGCUGGAGGGGAGGUUCAUCGCUGGUGGACAAGGAGGAGGAGGAGGAGGAGGAGGAGCAGAGUUGGAGGACGCGGUCAGGUUCGAUGUCAGCUCUCCGUCCCACAUCCUCAUGCAGAUCGAACCUCUUCCUCUCGCCAGUGCUCGCGGGCCGUUUGUGACAGAAGCUCGCCUCUACGAGCUCUUCCCUUCAGAGUCCUCCUCCUCCUCCUCCUCCUCCUCCUCUUCUACCGCGCAGAGCUCUGCGCAGGUCGUGGAGUUCGGAAGGUUCGUGGAGCAGAAUGUCGUCAGCUUCGCAGGAACGCGGCAGGUGUUGUCCUUCAAGGCUUUCGACACCUCGGGCCGGCGGGGAGAGGAGCAGGAGGGGAGGAAGAACGAGAAGAAAGUGGGAAGAGGAGGAGCCGCGUGGGAGGGCAGGAGGAGGUUCCUCCUCAAGUUGCGCCACCUCCUCCCUCCCGAGCAAGCAGGGGAGUGCGCUGUCUUCCAUCUCUACCUGAGCAUUUCCUCACUGUCCUCCUCCUCCUCAUCAUCAUCAUCCUCAUCGUCUUCAUCAGCUGGAGCAGACCUGGGGCAGAACAGGAAGGCAAGAGGAGCAGAGACAUGUUCGGCCUACGAGCUGGGAGGGGGAAGGAGCGUGCUUCCUCGCAUAGAUGCUGACCUAUCGAACCUCGCAGCAUGCGAGGCUGCGCAGGAGGACAGGGACAUGCGAUGCUGGGAGGGCGUUCAGACCCUCCACUUCCUCUCUGGGAAGACUCGCCAUGUCCAUACGUUCCCCCUCCGCCUUCCUCCCAUGGCCAACGUGCGUGUGGAGCUCGGGUUCUCCUUCUUCUCGCUCCCCGUCUCCGCCAUGCUCCGCAGAGACGGGUGCGAGGAGGAUGGAGACUGUGCGGGGGGAAGGGAGCGAUGGAUGUCGACGACGGGCAGAGGCUUCAGCGUGCUGGUUGCCAGGUGGCUGAAGGGAGGGAACUACACGAUGAUGGUCUUCCAGCAGACCAACGUGUCCUCCAGUCGCAGCGAAGCCUGUCAGUCCUUCUCCUUCCGCUUCAGGAUCGACAAGUCCUCCUCCUCAUCCACCCCCUCCUCCUCCUCUGUGGUGCAGAAGGGGGGACGCCCUAUACUCCCUCUUCCUUCCAACCUUGAUCGCACUUCGUUCCUCCUCCUCUCUUCGGGCACUCAUUUCUUCGGCAAGUUCGCCAUGGAGGAAGGAGAGAGUUCGCACGACAUGAAGUUCCACGUGCGGCAGUGCGAGGGCGGGAGGAAGGCGUCCCUGCGCAUCUUCAUGGUGCCGGAUGGCGUGCAGAACGUGCUGUCAUGCUCCUUGUUGGGGGCUGAGGGAGGAGAGGAGGAGGUGGCGAGGAGCAAGGAGGUGCACAUGGCACGGGGAGGAGGAGCAGACGCGCGGCAACGAGCUGUGCAUGUGCUUGCGAGCUUGGCGGCUGGGGAGUAUCGGCUGAGGAUCAGGACCGAAAGUUUCGCGCCCGGAGCAAGAGGGCGAGGGAGUUCAUUCAGCAUGCAGUUCGGCCUGUCGUGCGAGGAGAGGAGCGAGGAGGAGGGGGCGGAGGGGAGGGCGCAGGAGGGAGGGGGAGAUGAGAAGCUGUCGCAGAAGCUGGCAGUGCGAACGCUGCCUUACAUCUCUCAGUCUCGCCAUGUCGCGAUAAGCAGCAGGCAGGCGGCUGAGCGUGAGGGGGAGGUGGACGUGGUUCCGCUGGAGUUUGAGCAGGACGUGGAGCUGCAUGUGGUUGUCUCCUACGAGUUUACGCUCAGGUACGCGAUCAAGAUCUCCGCUGCUCUCCUCAAGCAAUCUUCUGCUCUCCUCUGUGCACAUGCCGAGGGUCUUCCUGCUUCCUUGUCCCUCCCCUCUCCCUCUCUCCCCCCAACUGCCAUCGCUUCCACUCGCGCUUCUGGUCAUGGAGGACGAAGCGUCUUGGUCUGGUCUGCUGCGGACAUCAUCUUCCCCAAGUCUGAGCCUCGCAAGCCGCUGACUCCUAUAUCCCUUCACCUCUUGACUCUCCCUUCCUCCUCCUCUCCUCGUUUCUUCCUGCAUCUUCGUAUCCGCGACAACUUUCCCUAUGGCAAAGUUUCUGCCAAGCCCGUUGUGCGAUUCGGAAAAGAGGAGAGCAAAGAGGAUCGAGCAUGGACAAAGCUCUUGUCUUCCACCCCUCUCCAAGACGAUCACGAGCUGUUGUUCUACAGCAGCGAGACUCUUCAAGCACAGGCUGCAGCUGACAUCGUCCUCCUCCUCUCUGCCAAGGUCGGGUACCAUCGCCUCCCCUGCUCCACUUGGGGGAUGCAGAUCAUUCUACGUCCGGAGGAACAGGUCGACAAGAUGGGAAGGUGCCCCGCCAAUCUCAUCAGCGCCCUUCCUCCUCGUGAGGUCAAGAUGCAAGGAGGAAGGGAAACGACGGAGCAGGUGGACACCAUGGUUGACGUCAGCAAGUGGCCGACAGUCGAUCCUUCAUGCACCCCCUCCUCGCGGGGAGAGUGUGAAGCGAUUCAUGACGUAGACAUUGAAGUGGAGGAGGAUGCUCUUCUGCAGUUUCACCUGCAGUUCGACCCCAUGCUCGUCUCCUUGUCCGCCUCCCUCAUCGCCGUGACCGGCUCCUCCUCCUCAGUCCUCAACGUCGCUCGCCCUCGCCUGGGAAGGAGCAGCUUCGAGAGGGAGGGGACGAAACUGACGGACCGCAUGAGGGAGGAGGAGGGGUCCUCCCUCCCCCUCAGCAAGCUGGAGCUGUCCCAGCCUCUUCCCCCCGGUCGCUACUUAUUGAGGAUGAAGCGGCUCUACAGGAAGUCUGCGCGAGAACAAGCGCUGUGCUCCCCUCUAUCCUGGAGAAUGCGGCUGGUGCCGUUUGCUCUCCUUGCUGCUAAGAGACCUCUCGUCCUGUUCCUCGACCCUCCUGGUAUGAUUGGAAUCCCCAAACUCCUCGGCGAAUUUCUUGUCCGCAUAACGCUGAACAAAGUGGUCAAAGGGCCGCUGCAAGCAGAUCUCUUCAAGCUCGCUCGGCUUGACGCGGCUGGAGAGGAGGGAGGGAGCAUGAAGGCAUCGUGGAUUCAGCCGCUGGGAGAGGAGCAGGGCCUCCAUGGCUUCCACGGCUGGUCCUUCCUCCUCGCCUUCCCCACCAUCGGCAUGGCUGUUGGCAAGCGCUACUACCUUCUCGCCCCCCAAGAGAGCAGCAGCAUACUGCCUCCUCCCAAGUUCUGGUUCGAGUUCACAGCGGAGGACUGCUCUGCUCGUGGCUUCAGGUCGAAGGACGGGAUGUGCGAAUGCCAUGGAGGCUUUGCGGGAUGGAACUGCUCGGUCUGCGCGAGGGAGGGCGGCUGUGUGGAAGGAGGUGGUAGAGGUAGGGAGGAGGAGGAGAGGAGCCAUAGCGGCCUCGUGCGAGUGAGCAAGAAUGUGUAUGCCAAUCCAAGAGAGCAGCAAGGGAGGGCGACGUCUCGAGGCGAGACAACGGAACCCCGCCGGGACAGGGAGGAGAGACCGGGCCCUCAGCAGUCAGCAGGAGCUCGGGAAGGAAGCACGCGGGAGGGGAAGGAGCAACGAGGGGGGAGAGACGAUUCUAACCUGCACAGCAUCCAACCAAGAACCGUCAUCAAGAAGACUCCAGGGACGAUGAAGAAGCGCUCCUUCGUUUGUCAGCUCAUUGGCUGCGAUGAGACUUCCACAUCUGUCUUCUCCGUCCUGGCCAUCAUCAUGAUAUCGUUCGUCCUGGUCCUCAUUGUGCUCAUGUACAGGAAACGAAGGCAGAGCAAGAAGAUGAUUCUUCUAAGGCAGAGGAUUCAUCGCUUCGACCACGAUGACCUCUAA